GUGAAGGAUUUAGCUGUGUCGAUGAGGUAAACAACAUCUGUGUAGCUCGGCUGUAUUUGCUAAAUUUAAUUUCCUUUUGGACAAGCUUUGAGAAUAAGCCUGAAAGUUUAUUUUGUAUAGCGUGUUUCUAGACCAUGCCCCACAACCCCGAUCAUCCUCCGGCGAAGAAAUUUAAGCCGGGGUCUCCUUUUUUCCGUCUCGACAAGAAGCCUGGGAUGCUGCUACCUAGAAAGGGAAAUGCAUCGGUACCAAUAGACGUGCAAAGGAAAAAUCUUCCUAUUUACCAGGCGAAGUCUCAACUCAUUAACCAACUUAGACAGCUUCAUAAUGCUGUCUUGAUAGGUAAGUUGGCUCAACCUAGUCAAUAAUCCCCCUCACCUCGACCCCUCCCGCCAGAAAAACUUUCCUGAACCAACACUUCCACUUGACCCCCCCCCCUCCCUUAACUUCGACUUUGUUUAUAACUACUUUAUUGAGGAAAAGUGUACUUACUAUGCCUUUGAUAUGUGGUUGUCCCACCUAGCUAUCUUAAGAUGAAUGUAUUAACUGUAAAUCGCUCUGGAUAAGAGCGUCUGCUAAAUGACUAAAAUGUUACACAGCACAGGUGAUAUUGUAAAUGUUCACAAUAGUGUGCAACUGCAGCCUCCAAUUCGGGCCAUCCCAGCAUGUGCCGGAGAAAACCUUUCUCAACACACGGGGGCUAGCACAGGAGGCUGGGGCGAAACCGUGUGUUAACUAGCUAGCUUGCUAGUUAGGGACACCGUUUGCUAGUUAGCUAGCUAGCACACUGUCGCUAGCGCCUGCUGUGUACCGGACUAGCUGGCUAAGCAAGCACAGUGUCCUUCGCUCCCUCCUGCCGAACACCUGCCCUCGCCGUCGUUAACAGAACUGUGGGAAAACCGUGCCCGACAGGCAGGGACGAAGGACACUGUCUACCGGUGUAUGGCUAGCUAGCUACCGGCGUUGACACCCCCGCCCCUUCUUCUGUGGGGUUUCUCGGCGGCUGGCACCCAACGUUAUUGUGCAUUAACGCCACCAACUGGACUGGAGCGCUCCCGCCUGUCCCUAGCUUAAAAAUUGACCAAUAGAAUAAUAAAGUGGGGUUCCUGCAGAUGCAGGAACGCCCCGAAUUGCAGGCCGCAAUUGCACCCUUCUCAGUGUUCAUAGCUAAACGCGUGCAAAACAUGAACAUAGCCGCUUUCCAGACUCAGGUCUUUGAUUAGAUUUUUUGCCUAUUUAUUAGCGGCAAAGAUCAAAUCAUAGCAAGGAUGUAAUUACCGUAGACUGACAUCAUAGUUCCAAAUUGUAUGCUCUCCAUGCCUUUGCCUAAGAAAUCAGACUGUGAUACCAAUUGUUGGUAUACAGUCUGAAACAAAGCACUGCAAAAACGUGGAAAGUUUCCUUACAAGCCAGAAUGUUGAAUAAAAUUACAUUUGAAUUUACUCUACCGGUUGUCUGUGUGGGUCGAAAUUUGAGACAAAAUAUCUACAGAAAAAUAUUAUUUACCUGACUUUCUAGAGCGCCUGUACCAAUAGUCUAACUCCAGACAUCUCUCACAGCAGUGAUCCACUAAUUGGAUAGCCACGCUAGCUUCGCCCUCCUGUCGGUGCUAGCAAGCAGGCUAGGUAGUGCUAGGUAUCAACAGCCAAUCCAGUGAAAAUGCUCUGUCUGCAGACUGCGUUACUACAUGCCGCGCCCACUGCCAUUGUGAGGCUGCUAGCUAGUGUUAAGUUGCGUCAAUUCAAAUCUGGUAUAGGAACAAAAAGAGGUCAAUACACGUCUUCUAGACUAGUAUUUUAUUAAUGCAAAUGUUUAAAUGGUAAGUAUGAGAGUUCGUAUACGGGCUCACUGAAAUACCACGCAGGGCAGACAGAGAACUGAGCUUUUGUUAUAAGUUCUUCUUUAAAUACUCUGACAGAGAUAGUUCCCGCUCCCUGCUGGGCCUGUCAGAAUAUAGGCUAGGCGUGGUUUAAACUUACCCAGCCUAUCGCUGGCGCUCAGGCUGGUCCCAGCCCCAUGGCGCUUCACUGUUGUCAGGUGUUAGUUGUUUUGCAACUUGUCUCCAGUCAGCAACCUCAGACAUCUUUGUAGCAGAACACAUGUCCUUGAGCGGUGAUUCAUCACUCCAGAGAAUGUAUUUCCACAGUCCAAUGGCGGCGAGCUUUACACCACUCCAGCCGAUACUUGGCAUUGCGCAUGGUGAUCUUAGGCUUGUGCUCAGCCAUGGAAACCCAUUUUAUGAAGCUCCUGACGAACAGUUAUUGUGCUGACGUUGCUUCCAGCGUUAAUUUGGAACUCGGUAGUGAGUGUUGCAACCGAGUGUGCUUCAGCACUCCGCAGUCCCAUUCUGUGAGCUUGUGUGGCCUACCACUUCGCGGCUGAGCCGUUGUUGCUCCUAGAUGUUUCCACAUCACAAUAACAGCACUUACCGUUGACCUGGGCAGCUCUAGCAGGGCAGACAUUUGACCAACUAUACACAUGUCAUCAACGGGUGUUGCUGAAAUAGCCGAAUCCACUAAUAUGAAGGGGUGUCCACAUACUUUUGUAUAUAUAGUGUACUUCCCUCGCCGUAACGUUAACAGAACUGUGGGAAAACAGUGCUUGGUAGGUGGGGGACACUGUACCGUUGCCCCUAGCUAGCAGCCUCCUUCUUCGGUAGGGUUUUUCGGUGGUUGGCAUCCGACAUUGGUGCAUUACCACCACCUACUGUGCUGAAGUGUGGACCAGAGACAGUGCUAGCAGCCUCAAUGGCCGUGGGCGCGGCAUGUAGUAAGUGAAGCGUAGUGGGCACAGCAUGUAGCAACCGCAGUAUGCAGAUAGACAUUAUUGAAUCCAAUAAGGGGCUGGAAACUAUAGUGAGCUUCGAUUGGUCAAUAGCAACGCGAUGUCACAGCGUACUUGACAAGAGUUCAGCUAUCCCCCAACUUUGGUCCCGCUCCCUCGCAAAUGCUGGCGUCGCCCCAACGGUCCCCUCGCCCACUUCGCUUCCCUUCAUUGAAAAUGAAUGGGGCUCCGUUGUUUCAUCGCCCCCAACGUGCUAGAUCGUUUUCUGGUGGCAGGACCAUCAUCUCUCAGGCCACUCUAUAUAUUGCCACCUACUAGUGGAACGAAUUUAGACAUCAUCGCUCAGGCCCUUUAUCUCUCAGGGCCAUCUCCAACACCAGGCCCCUCAAUGAUAUGACUAUACUGCCACCUGCUGGUGAGACGAGUUUUCGGUGUUGAAUGAAAAUUAAUGUUACUGUAGUUUUACAGCUUGUAGGCUUUGUAGCGGGGAUCUUAAUGUUUGUGUUUAACUGACACUUUUGAUAUUCUGGAUUUCCCCAGAUUGUCUCUUGAGAUUUAAAAUGUGUGUCAAAAGGAAAUUUUUCGUUUAGGCCAUGGGUGUCGAACUCAUUUUGCCCCGGGGGCGGCAUUCUUCAACGAGGUCCGGAAGGCCGCACUGAAAAUUGGUUAUAUUUCCUUGCCUUUCAAAUUUGCUAAAAAUUGUCCUCUAUCCAUCAUUUUUGGAAUUUUCAAUGCUCCCUUACUGUCUAGUGAUUCUUAGCGAGCUGGACCGUCUAGAAACUGUAUGAAUAUAGGUCCCUUAAUUUCUACACCAUUUCGAUUUGGUUUUAGUCAUUUUAAAGUAUAUUGAGUUUGUUCCCGCGUCCCCCCCUCAACUUUUUUACUAAACAUAUUACUAUUUUUUUUUUUGCUACAAUCACCCGCUGGCCAGAUUGGAGGGGGGGGGGGGGGGGGUCCCACAGGCUGUAUGUUUGACACCCCUGGUUUAGGUUAUGCCAUCAUUGUAGUAUAAUCUAUUUGUAAUGUUUUCUCUUAAAAUGUAUGUGUAAUCUGUUGAUACGUUGAAUAGCAGAUGUAACGUUAACAGAACUGCAAGAAAACAGUGCUCGGCAGGUGGGGCGAGGGACACUGUGUACCGAUGUCCUAACUAGCUAGCUAGCUACUUCCCUCGCCGUAACGUAAACAGAACUGAGAGAUUGGCCUGAGAGAAGAUGUCUGCAGCUAGACUCCUCUCACGGGUCUGUCGUUGAAAUUUCUAUCACCUGGCACACGCACAAAACCAUGUAAACACCUGCAAAACUUUGGUUAAUAUGCAUGCAUCACGUGCAUGUACUUCCGUCUUGUGCACAUGCCUUAGGUUAUGAGCAAACACAUCUUGAUUGCCAGCCAAACAUAGAGACCCGCGUUUUAAAGUCAGUUUAAUACUUUCCUGUGGAUAUUUUGUCUCAAAUUUCAACCCACUGAAUCACCAAGCUCUCCCUGUUUCAUUCAGUUUGCUUCUGUUUGGUUCCUAGUGACUAAACCCCAGGACUCACCUGUUCACCUGAUUUAACAACGUUGACUUUCUUGUUCAUGUGGUUGCAAAUACUGUAGAUUUUGCCUUCAACUAUUAUAACGUUAGCUACCUAGCUGACAAACCAUUGUCUUGUGAUGCCCUGUCCCUCAGGUGAGACUGGUUCUGGGAAGACCACCCAGAUCCCUCAGUACUUGUAUGAAGCUGGCAUCGGGCGACAGGGCAUAGUUGCAGUCACACAGCCCCGCCGAGUGGCAGCUAUCUCCCUGGCAUCGAGGGUGGCAGAGGAGAAGAGAACUCAACUGGGGAAGCUGGUACAUAAAAACAACCUUUUACAUUACAAUCAGUGGUCAAACUCUAUGGUAAAAAAAAACAGACACAUUUUGAACACGCAUCAAAUAGCAGUGAUGUGGUUAGCGUACUUUCCCUCGCAGCCUAGAUCAUCAUCAAUGGUCGAGGGGCAGCAGCAGGGCUGCAUAUAUGGGAAUGGACUGUUACCAUUACCAAACAAUCAAGAUAGGCCUAACAGGAAAUUCAAUCAUGCUCUUCAGGUUGGCUACACGGUGCGAUUCGAGGAUGUCACCUCCUCAGAGACAAAGCUAAAGUUCAUGACAGACGGUAUGCUCCUGCGGGAGGCCAUAGGAGACCCAUUACUGCUGCGCUACACUGUGGUGGUGCUGGAUGAGGCUCACGAGCGCACGGUGCACACUGACGUGUUGUUUGGAGUGGUGAAGGCUGCCCAGCGCAAACGUAGAGAACAGAACAAGAUCCCCCUCAAGGUAGGUCACUACUAGACUCAGUAGCCUGGAAUCCAAACUGAUAUGAUCUGAAACAAUGGUGAAACAGAACAUAUCACUUUGAAUUUCAGGCUAGGUCACUAACGUUAGGCUACAUAGAAAAUGUUUGUCAUAGGCUGGUUGUGUUUAUUAACAUAAGUGUGUGUGUGGGUGCCCUCGCCCCCCCCCCCCCCCCCCCCCCCCCCGGGCUGAUGUUCCAUUCUUCUUCAAAGCACCCAAAGUACAGAUGUACAAUGUCAACAAUACUCUGCCAAGACCACCUUAAGACUGGUGGCUUGAAGUCUUGUUCUUACUGUAAAAGCACUUUAUAAAUACAUCUGAUAUAUUGUCUCUUCAACGUACCAUUCUAGGUGAUCGUGAUGUCAGCCACCAUGGAUGUGGACCUCUUCUCUCAGUACUUCAACAAGUCUCCUGUGCUGUACCUGGAGGGCAGGCAGCACCCCAUCCAGGUCUACUACACCAAGCAACCCCAGUCUGACUAUCUGCAGGCUGCACUGGUCUCAGUCUUCCAGAUCCAUCAGGUACGUAGGUGUGCUCUGGCUGGCCUGGUUGCUGGGUGGACACAGUGCUUUAGCUGAAGAGAAACGUCUCAUGUAGAAAGAGUUGAUUCAGUUAAAGAUGGCCCAGACACCUGGCCUGGUUAAACCAGACUGAACGCUGCACUCACUAGUUCAGUCUUCUUUAACCAGGCUACUACUCCUAUCACUACUCAACCUUAUAACUAACAUGAAUCAUACCUUUCUGUAAACAAGUUAGAGACAUGAUUCCAAAUCAGCAUUUGAUAACAGACAGGAUGUGGUUGUGAUGCGUCCAUUCUAAACAGGAAGCCCCUGCGUCACAUGACAUCCUGGUGUUCAUGACGGGUCAGGAGGAGAUAGAGGCGCUGGCCCGUACCUGCCGUGACAUCGCCAAGCACCUCCCUGACGGCUGUGGUCCCAUGACCGUCAUCCCCCUGUACGCCUCCCUGCCCCCUGCUCAGCAGCUCAGGGUCUUCCAGCCCGCACCUAAGGUAGGCUACACCUACAUGCCCCUCCAUGUCCUGCUGUCAUCUACAGUGCCUUCAGAAAGUAUUCACACCCCUUGACUUUUUCCACAUUUUGUUGCGUUACAGCCUGAAUUUAAAAUGGAUUAAAUUGAGAUGUUGUUUCAAUGGCCUACACACAAUACCAACCUGGCAAAGGCUUUUGACUCUGUCAAUCACCGCAUUCUUAUUGGCAGACUAAAUAGCCUUGGUUUCUCAAAUGACUGCCUCGCCUGGUUCACCAAAUGACUGCCUCGCCUGGUUCACCAACUACUUCUCAGAUAGAGUUCAAUGUGUCAAAUCGGAGGGCCUGUUGUCUGGACCUCUGGCAUUCUCUAUGGGGGUGCCACAGGGUUCAAAUCUCGGGCCGACUCUAUUCUUUGUGUAUAUCAAUGAUGUCGCUCUUGCUGCUGGUGACUCUCAGAUCCACCUCUACGCAGACAACACCAUUUUGUAUACAUCUGGCCCUUCACUGGACACUGUGUUAACAAACCUCCAAACAAGCUUCAAUGCCAUACAACACUCCUUCCGUGGCUUCCAACUGCUCUUAAACGCUAGUAAAACUAAAUGCAUGCUCUUCAAUUGAACGCUGCUUGCACCCGCCCGCCCGACUAGAAUCAUUACUCUCGGCGGGUCUGACUUAGAAUAUGUGGACAACUACAAAUACCUAGGUGUCUGGUUAGACCGUAAACUCUCCUUCCAGACUCACAUUAUGCAUCUCCAAUCCAAAGUUAAAUCUAGAAUCGGCUUCCUAUUUCGCAACAAAGCCUCCUUCACUCAUGCUGCCAAACAUGCCCUCGUAAAACAGACUAUCCUACCAAUCCUUGACUUCGGCAAUGUCAUUUACAAAAUAGCUUCCAACACUCUACUCCGGAUUUUGGAUGUAGUCUAUCACAGUGCCAUCCAUUUUGUCACCAAAGCCCCAUAUACUACCCACCAUUGUGACCUGUACGCUCUCGUUGGCUGGCCCUCACUACAUAUUCGUCGCCAAACCCACUGGCUCCAGGUCAUCUAUAAAUCACUUCUAGGCAAAUCCUCGCCUUAUCUUAGCUCAUUGGUCACCAUAGCAACACCCACCCGUAGUAUGCGCUCCAGCAGGUAUAUCUCACUGGUCAUCCCCAAAGCCAACACCUCCUUUGGCCGCCAUUCCUUCCAGUUCUCUGCUGCCAAUGACUGGAACGAACUGCAAAAAUAUCUGAAGCUGGAGACACUUAUCUCCCUCACUAACUUUAAGCAUCAGUUGUCAGAGCAGCUUACCGAUCACUGCACCUGUACACAGCCCAUCUGUAAUUAGCCCACCCAACUACCUCAUCCCCAUAUUGUUAUUUAUUUUGCUCAUUUGCACCCCAGUAUCUCUAUUUGCACAUCAUCUUCUGCACAUCUAUCACUCCAGUGUUAAUACUAAAUUGUAAUUAUUUUGCACUAUGGCCUAUUUAUUGCCUUACCUCCAUAACUUACUACAUUUGCACACACUGUAUAUAGAUUUUCUAUUGUGUUAUUGACUGUAGGUUUUUGUUUUAUCCCAUGUGUAACUCUGUGUUGUUUUUAUCGCACUGCUUUGCUUUAUCUUGGCCAGGUCGCAGUUAUAAAUGAGAACUUGUUCUCAACUGGCUUACCUGGUUAAAUAAAGGUUAAAUAAAAAUAAAUUAAAAAAAUAAAAAUACCUCAUGUCAAAGUGGAGUUAUGUUUUAAUUUUGAAUUCAGGCUAUAACAACAAUGUGGAAAUAAGUAAAGGGGUAUGAAUACUUUCUGAAGGCACUGUAUACAUGUGAUACAUGGUCUCCUCAAGCAACUGUAUUGUUUUGCCAGGGUUGUAGGAAAGUAAUUCUCUCAACCAACAUUGCUGAGACGUCGAUCACCAUCUCGGGGAUCAAAUACGUAAUUGAUACAGGCAUGGUGAAAGCGAAACGCUUCAACCCAGGUGAGAUUCCUCACUGACUGUACACAAUGCUUUUUAAAUUCUGUUUCUCUACUUGCGUGUCACUCAGGUCUGUGGCCCUGGUGUGAGUGUGAAUAAAUACAUGAAUUAACUCGAAUUAUCAAAUAAAAUUCAAUAUUUUCGAAAUAUGAUUUUUCAACUAUGAUAAAACAAAAUUACACGUUUAAAAAUCAUUGAAGAUAAAAACAUAUAUAAUAAAGUCUACAGACUUAUUUUAGUUGUGUUACUCAUUAUUUGUAAUGUGUUUCUGUCUGCCCCCAGAGAGUGGUCUGGAGGUGUUAGCAGUACAGCGCGUAUCUAAAGCCCAGGCGUGGCAGAGGGCGGGCAGGGCUGGCAGAGAGGACUCAGGCUCUGUCUACCGUCUCUACACCGAGGACGAGUUUGACAACCUCAUCCCCAUGACCGUGCCUGAGAUACAGAGGUCGGUAGGACCACCAUGUGUGUGUAUAGAGCAAAUGAGAAGCCGAAGCAAAUCUAGUUACUGUCACUGUUCACCGGUUAAAAGAGAACAGGGUCAUUUUCAGUAGGCACGAAAUGGUGAGGUACCUUAACAUGUCUAAUAAGAAACGCUCGUUUUCAUUGCCCUAAUGAACACCACCCAGUUCUUGCUGCAGCAUAAGUUGUUACAUCUCUAAGUCAUUAUGAGUGAGUGUUCUGCUCCUCUGUUCUCUCCUCUGCAGGGGUAACUGUUCUGCUCCUGUGUUCUCCUCUGUAGGUGUAACCUGGCCAGUGUCAUGCUGCAGCUUCUGGCUCUGGGGAUUCCUGACGUGAUGAACUUUGACUUCAUGUCUAAGCCUUCUCCUGGUAAGCAGUCUGUCCUCCGGUCCCAGGUCUGCUGUGUGUUCACUGUGAUGUUAACGUCUUCAGAAGUGUUGUAAUCCAUUAAAAUGGGUAUUCAAUGAAUCCACUGAUAUGUAGACUCAUAUAGGAGUUAGUUGUACAACUGUAAUUACAUUUACAUUUUAGUCAUUUAGCAGACUGUUAUCCAGAGCGACGUACAUUUAGUUAUUGCAUUCAUCUUGUUGUAAUAGUGUCAUGUGGUCGACGUGUUUGGUCAGAGUUGGUUGUAAUAACGUAAUGUUGUGGGUGUGAUGUGACAGUUCAGAGUAGGCUGUAGUAACGUAAUGUUAAUAUGACUGUUCAGAGGCGAUGCGUACGGCGGUGGAGCAGCUGCAUCUGCUAGGGGCUGUGGAGAGGAAAGAUGAGCAGGUCACCCUCACUCCUCUGGGCAAGAAGAUGGCCAGCUUCCCCCUGGAGCCACGCUAUGCCAAGGUAAGACACAGACACACAGGAAAGGGGCCUUUUUAUUGGAGGUUGUUUGUAUUGAUCCAUGAGCAACAAUAAAUAAUGUGUUAACACGUUCUCCCUCGCUGUAUCUCUCUCUCUCUCUCGUCUACAGACCAUCCUGCUGUCGCCAGACUUCCAGUGUUCUGAGGAGGUGCUGACCAUCGUGUCUCUGCUGUCGGUGGACACGGUGCUCUACAACCCCCCCGCACGCCGAGAGGAGUGUCUUGCCGCACGCAAGAAGUUCACCACCAGCGAGGGAGAUCACUUGACCCUGCUCAACAUCUACAGAGCCUUCAAGAAAGUGAACGCCAACAAGGUCAGUGGAUCACUCUAGGAAGAAGAAGCCUGUGGGAGUCUCUAUACAAUCUAGGAUCAGCUGUAUACAGUACCUCUGCACAUACAGUGCAUUCGGAAAGUAUUCAGACCCCUUGACUUUUUCCACAUUUUGUUACAUUACAGCCUUAUUCUUAAAUGGAUUUGAAUAGUUUUUUUCCACUCGUCAAUCUACACACAUUACCCCAUAAUGACAAAGCACAAACACGUCUAAUUUCUUUUGAAAAUGUAUUCAAAAUAAAAAACGGAAAUAUCACAUUUACAUAAGUAUUCAGACCUUUUACUCAGUACUUUGUUGAAGCACCUUUGGCAGCGUUUUUAGCCUUGAGUCUUCUUGGGUAUGACGCUACAAGCUUGGCACACCUGUAUUUGGAGUUUCUCCCAUUCCUCUCUGCAGAUCAUCUCAAGCUCUGUCAGGUUGGAUGGGGAGCGUCGCUGCACAGCUAUUUUCAGGUCUCUACAGAGCUGUUCAAUCAGGUUCAAGUCCGGGCUCUGGCUGGGCCAAUCAAGGACAUUCAAAGACUUGUCCCGAAGCCACUCCUGCGUUGUCUUGCGUGUGUGCUUGGGGUCGUUGUCCUGUUGGAAGGUGAACCUUCGGCCCAGUCUGAGGUCCUGAGCGCUCUGGAGCAGGUUUUCAUCAACGAUCUCUAUACUUUGCUCCGUUCAUCUUUCCCUCGAUCCUGACUAGUCUCCCAAUCCCUGCCGCUGAAAAACAUCCCCACAGCAUGAUGCUGCCACCACCAUGCUUCACCGUAGGGAUGGUGCCAGGUUUCCUCUAGACGUGACACUUGGCAUUCAGGCCAAAGAACUCAAUCUUGGUUUCAUCAGAUCAGAUAAUCUUUUUUUCAUGGUCUGAGAGUCUUUAGGUGCCUUUUGGCAAACUCCAAGCGGGCUGUCAUGUGCCUUUUACUGAGGAGUGGCUUCCGUCUGGCCACUCUACCAUAAAGGCCUGAUUGGUGGAAUGCUGCAGAGAUGGUUGUCCUUCUGGAAGGUUCUCCCAUCUCCACAGAGGAACUCUAGAGCUCUGUCAGAGUGACCAUCAGGUUCUUGGUCACCUCCCUGACCAAGGCACUUCUCCCCCAAUUGCUCAGUUUGGCCGGGCGGCCAGCUCUAGGAAGAGUCUUGGUGGUUCCAAACUUCUUCUAUUUUAAGAAUGAUGGAGGCCACUGUGUUCUUGGUGACCUUCAAUGCUGCAGACAUUUUUUGGUACCCUUCCCCAGAUCUGUGCCUCGACACAAUCCUGUCUCGGAGCUCUACAGACAAUUCCUUCGACCUCAUGGCUUGAUUUUUGCGCUGACAUGCACUGUCAACUGUGGGACCUUAUAUAGACAGGUGUGUGCCUUUCCAAAUCAUGUCCAAUCAAUUGAAUUUUCCACAGGUGGACUCCAAUCAAGUUGUAGAAACAUCUCAAGGAUGAUCAAUGGAAACAGGAUGCACCUGAGCUUAAUUUUGUCUCUCAUAGCAAAGGGUCUGAAUACUUAUGUAAAUAAGGUAUUUCAGUUUUUUAUUUUUAAUAAAUUGGCAAAAAUGUCUAUAAACCUGUUCACGUUGUCAUUAUGGGGUAUUGUGUGUAGAUUGACAUUUUAAUUUAAUCCAUUUUAUAAUAAGGCUGCAAUGUAACAAAAUGUGGAGAAGGGGUCUGAAUACUUUCCGAAUGCACUGUAUAGAGUUAAAUUCCCAGGCUUCAAUGCAGUUUCAAUAGAGGUUCUCUGUUGAGCAUUGUUUUUAGCCCAGAAGUAGUCUUAAUCUGGGUCUGAGAAACCGGCCCCUAUGUUCUUUGUGCAGUGUUAUCAUUUAUAGAUGGUGUAGAUUCAGCACAGGCUCUGAUGUGUGUUCCGUGUUGUAGGAGUGGUGUCGGGAGAACUUUGUCAACAGCAGGAACAUGAGCAUGGUUGGAGAGGUCCGUGCACAGCUACGAGAUAUCUGCCUCAAGGUACCGAAACAAAUCCAUAACACCACAAGUAACCAGUUCUCUCAAAAUUGCUGUUCAUCAGCAAAAGAGGGGAAUCUGCACACUGCAAUGUAUGCUUCCAAAUGUGUUUGCUGCAAUGUUUAAACUUUUAAGGUCUUGCUGAUGAACUCCUACAUUGAUAUCUUUCACCUGAACAAAUCCAUUGUGUAUAUACAUAUGAUCUAGCUCUUUUCAUACAAUGCCCAUCUCAUUCUCUCCUCUGUGUUCCAGCUGAGCAUGAAGCUGGAGUCGUGUGGGUCGGACACGGGGAGCGUGCGUCGCUGUCUGGCCCACGGUCUGUUUGUAAACGCUGCAGAGUUGCAGCCAGAUGGCAGCUACAUGGCCCUGGACACCCACCAGCCUGUAGCCAUCCACCCCUCCUCUGUCCUCUUCCAGGCCAAGCCCGCCUACGUGGUCUUCAAUGAGCUCCUGCACACCUCCAAGUGCUACAUGAGAGACCUGUGUCUGGUGGAUGCUGAUUGGCUGGUUGAGGCCGCACCUGAGUACUUCCGCCGGAAGCUCCGCCCCACCAAGAGCUAGCCUCUGAUUGGACAGAACUCUGGAGUGACAAGAGACUACGGUAGAGCCAAACCUAGCUUACCAGUG